GAUAAGGGGUACAGAAGGUGAGUUAAGUUGUUACUUCUUCCAGUCCGUUGCCAAAGAAUUUAACUGCUCAGCCUUAAAUGACUGUCCAUAAUAAGGCUAAAGGUAAGAUUUCCCAUUAAGAGAUUCUUCUGGCCCACAGGUAGGCCAAAUCUUCGGGAUUCACCAGGAAACAGAUAUUACACUCUUCUAGAUACAAGACCUGCUCGAGACAAGAGGAGGGCACAGACAGAAGGAAGGGAGGAAUAAAACGAAAGAGGCAAAAAUGACUUGGAACUAUGUGAGUAGACAUGGGAGGAGCUUGCAAAGUAUAAACUUGGAUGUUUCCUGGCAGUGGAGAUCCUCAGCACGGUAAACGAUGCCAAAAGUAAAUGAAGAGGACGAAUGCACCCUGACAUCAACUGAACAUUUGACGGAUAUUCUGUAAAGUUCAGUCUUCUGGAACAUCCGCGAGACGCCAGCAGCUCAGGAACUGACGCUGGGAUCAACUCUUCUGGUGCAGUGGAAGCUGGACUCGGUGUGGCAUGCGUGGAUCAAAUAGACUAUUCCUGCAUAGUCCAAAUACACUCUCUUGUACUAAAAGAAAGAAAGCGAACUUAUUUCGUAAGAUGAUCUGGUUACUGUUUUUGCUCCACUGUGCUGCCGGCGUGUUGUCGUCUUCCACCCAGGUGGCUACAAUCUACCCUCAAGAUCCGGCCCUUCCAAUCGGCUCCAGCCUGACAGCCACAUGCUCAGUGAAUCCAGACCAUGGCGUUCACGCAGGCUCACUCUACUGGACACUGAACGGAAAGCGUCUUCCCAGCAGCACCUACAGCAUACUGAGCCCCACCGUGCUCAGUGUCACCCUCCCGCGUCUCUCAGGGUCCCGCCAACACUCCGGAGACAACCUUGUGUGCCAUAACAGUGGGGGUCAUGUGCUUGCUGGCUCCUGCAUCUAUGUUGGUAUGCCUCCUGAGAAACCCAUGGAUCUUACCUGCUGGUCCAGGAACACCAAAGACCUUACCUGUAAAUGGGCCCCUGGGGGCCAGGGAGAAACAUUCAUCAAGACACGAUACACACUCAAAUAUAAGCUCAGAUGGUAUGGACGAGAGAAGGAGUGUGAGGACUACAGCGCUGGAGAGCCGUACACAUGCUACAUCCCCCGCGACCUCGCCCUCUUCACACCCUACGAGAUAUGGGUGGAGGCCUCCAACCAACUAGGAACCGCAACGUCUGAUAUCAUCUACUUGGAUAUCUUAGAUGUGGUGACGACAGACCCACCGACUGAUGUGACUGUGAGCCGAGUGGGCGACCUGGAGGAUCAGCUGACCGUGCGCUGGGGGACACCACCUGCACUAAAAGACUUCCUCUUUCAGGCCAAAUACCAGAUCAGAUACAGACUGGAGGAAAGCAGUGACUGGAAGGUGGUGGAUGAUGUUGGAAACCAAACUUCCUGCAGGCUGGCUGGGUUGCGGCCAGGCACAGUGUAUUUUGUGCAGGUGCGCUGUAAUCCGGUAGGGAUUCUGGGAUCUAGGAAAGCUGGCAUUUGGAGUGACUGGAGUCACCCAACUGCAGCCUCAACACCGCACAGUGAGCGACUGCUGACAGGGUCAUGUGACUCGAAGGUGGGGCAGCAGAACUCCACGUUGCGGCGGGAUUUGAAGCAGUUCUUUGGCUGGGUGCGCAAACACGCCUACGGUUGCAGCGGUAUGAGUAUCAAACUUUAUGAUCAGUGGCGGGUCUGGCUGCAGAAAUCUCACAAAACACGCAACCAGGUAGGUUCUUCAAGGAGAUAAAUCAUAGCACGUCGCUCCUGGCAGGCAGAAACAUUAAACAACAACAGCACACUGUGGAAGAAUUCACAUUUUCCAGACUGCUGCUUGGCUCAGAUCCGAAAAGAUAAAGUACAGCUGGACUCAAAACGGGAUGUUCAAACAACAAAGGGUGUCGGGCAUUCGGUACCUCGGUUGUGCAGUUCUCUAAAAUGCCUUAUUAUACAGGAAAACAAACUGUGUUUGAUAAUAGCCAUGGAGAUCACAUGGACCAUAUCCUCGCAACUCGCUAUCCAUGGAGACAAGUUCUUGAUUGUGUCGGGGAGCAAUUAAUUAAAGGUCAUAAUUUGCACAUUUACUGAUGACUAUGCACAAGCCAUGCUUAGCCGGCGUGACACAUGGUCUAAAUGUGGACCCGUGACCUUGCAAACUUUAGCCGACCUGUAGGUUAAAGAGGUUCCUCAUGGACAAAUGGAAAAUGUCCGAAUGUUUUUUCAGCCAGAGUUUUGUGCAAAUUCAAGACAACUGGAAGAAUAUCAAGACCAUCCAGUUUUACCAAAGGUAACUUUGAUGAAUGUUUGAGUUACAAUGGUGACUACACUUACAGCCGUUUACCUAAAAAUCUGACAGGUAUACCUCACAGAACAUCUUGCCACUUUUAAGUCUCCUAGUUUUUUUUAAAUAACUGGUACAUGCAAUGCAAUGCUGAACAUAUCAAUACAUAGAAAUAAACCUCU